AUGGGGAUUCUGCUUUGGAUAGCCAUGGCCUCCAUUCGAGCAAAAGGUUGGCAAGGUUACCCUUUGGGAUACCUUGUUGUUUUCCUCUUGAGCCUCAUCAGCAAAAUGCUGGCAGCCAAUGUACAACUGAAAAAAGCCAGUCUCGGUGAUUCUAUUUGGGCUAUUAUUCUCGGCUGUGUGUUGCGCAAUUUGAUUGCACUGAAGCGGUCAGCUCAACAAUUGCCACCAUGGUUGAAGGUGGCUCAACAGACGGAACUUUACAUUGCCGUGAGUUUGGUACUAUUGUGCAUCGAUAUCAGCGUACUACGACCCUUGGCUCCGCGUGCUUUGUUUGUGAGCUGGCUCGAUACUCCCACGCUUUUCAUGGUGGUUGCCUUUUUCGGUUGGCGUCUACUCCGCAUCGACAUGCAAACAGCUAUUAUCAUGUCCGGUGCCACCUUCAUUUGCGGUUCCUCAGCAGCCAUCGCUUUAGGUGCCAGUAUGGGCGUGCCUCACAAGACCGAGAUGCCUAUUGCUAUCAUCUCUAUCUUUACCAUUCCCAGUAUCAUUGCUUUGCCCUAUGUUGCCCGGUCCAUGAACUUCAAUCCCGAUGUCAGUGGCGCUUGGUUUGGUGGUUGCGUCGAUUCGACAGGAGCGGUCAUUGCCGCAGCCAGUAUUUACGGCGACAAAGAAGCUGUCAACACCUCCGCCGUUGUGAAGAUGAUGCAAAAUAUUCUUAUUGGUCCUAUCAGUGUGAUGAUGGCUUGGGGCUGGACUCGAUACGAACUUCGCACUGCCGAUAAAUAUGAACAAGAACCCCUGCGGCGUGACGACCAUCUGGUUGCCGAAUUGAACGAGACAACCGAUGUUUCUCUUGAAGAGAUAGGCGCCACAAAAACACCUAUCUCGAAAUUGCGAAAAGCAGAGAAGCCGUAUAUCCUGCUGUGGAAGCGCUUCCCAAAGUUCGUUUUGGGCUUUAUCAUCACAGCAGUGAUGUUCAACACAGCUGUGUCCGGCGACCCUGAAGUGAGAACCACUGUGAACAACUUUUGUUUCUACAUUUCCGAAUGGUUCUCCACGCUCUCGUUUGUGAGCAUCGGACUUGGUCUGCAUUUAAAUGACAUGAAAAAGAAUUUGCGUGAUCUAGGAAAACUGUGUACCUUAUAUGUAGUCGCGCAAUUAGUAGAUAUCAUCAUCACCGCCGUUUUAGCCUUUGUUGCCUUCACAUACAUGUAAAUAUAUCCAUUUUCUAUCGAGAUUCCAAUCACGAAAUAUAAAAAAAAAUUCAUUUAUGCCUCGAUCUUGAUUUUUGUUCUUUUCUAU